GUACGUGACGGCGUGCGCCUUCUCUCCGACCUCACCGCUUAUUGCUACAGGAUCUAUGGAUAAGACCAUAAACAUCUGGAGGCUGGAGGAUGGUUGCGGUGGAAACGGCGGGAAGCUGUUGCCUGAAGAAUCUGCUCAGACUUCAAUCAAAGGGAGAGCCUCGGGAGGCCGAUCGAAGCUGCUGGUCAGCAAUUGGUCGGAGGACGAUGUGUCAGAGUGGCUGCUGGAGGAAGGCCUCGAGGGAUUGGUGGACAGAUUUAAGGCCAAUAACAUAGAUGGGACAGAGCUGCUCAGCCUCACCAAGGAAACACUGGCGUCAGAGCUGCACGUCGAGUCAGUCGGCCUGCACAGUAAACUCCUGAGGAAGGUGGAGGAGCUGAAGAGUGAUUCAGUGUGUCUAGGCAUUCCCGAUGAGUUCCUGUGUCCAAUCACCAGAGAACUGAUGAAGGAGCCGGUUAUUGCUGCCGAUGGCUACUCAUAUGAAAAAGAGGCCAUUGAGAGCUGGAUUAAUACCAAAAACCGCUCCAGCCCCAUGACCAACCUCCCCUUGCUGACGACUCUGCUCACCCCUAACCACACCCUGAAGAUGGCUAUUGGUCGCUGGAAGACCAGCCACUAGACAUCUGUGGAUCUGAGCUGGCGUGCUAAUGAUUUUUCACUGAAGUGUAGAGAAGCAGAAUGCAGUGCUCAGAUAAAUGCCCACAGCACCGUUUCAGGAAAAGAUGUGCCUGAUAGUUAGCCAGAUUUUAAACGACCAACCCGAAUCAACAAUCAGCUGCCUGCUAUCACACAGAGGGGGGGGGGGAAGACCAGCAUGAGCAUCCAGAGUUUUCAAGAAUGCACUUCGCUAUUCACUCAAAUUCAACUGGCUUUGGCUGCAGCAAAUAUGUCACUUUUAGGCUGGAUCAUGUUUUCAAUUUCCUCAUAUUUGGUCCUUCCUGUGAAAUCCCUGCUUUGAUUUUUGAUCAGUGAAGAAUGAGGAAAACUAUUUGCCUGCAUUGCUUUUAAUGAUUCCCCUAACCUCACUUUACAAAUAGGUGACUAUUUUGUUAUUAUGUGAAACUGAUUAGCAUUAUUGAUUUUAUAUACACACACAUACACAAAACACUAUUUGCACUAACUGUAGAUCAGAAGAAUCUACAGUGUAUUUUAUUUAGAUUGCUGUAACCUUGUUGUUUACCUUAGGCUGUAUGUGAAAGAUGAACAUAGCUGCUGUGUUGGAACAGCGACGCCAAUGUGGAAGUGCCUUUCACCUGCAUUCUUUUUAUUAGCCAGCAGGGGGCGACUGCUCUGGUUGCACAAAGAAGCAAAAUUCAUAAGAAGCCUGAUAGAAAUCCUUCUGCUCUCUUCGUUUAUGGGCUCAGUAAACAUCUUCCUGAUGACUUUAUAAACUCAGUCACUAGUUUAAAGUCUUGCUGAAUCCAAGAUGAUGCUCAUUUGUGUGGCAUUUGGCAGUUUCUAACUCAUUUCCACUCCUCGCACGAGAAAUUGUGGUUCAGAAAAGCCAAGAUGGUGAGACCCGAAAUGCUCAAGUCCAGACUGGAGAAAGAUAGUCCGUGUUUUAUAUUGAUGUUUAUUACAACCCUUUUCCAAAAAAGGAUGCUUUUUAUCAUUUCAGAACAAUUUCAGAUCAUUAAAACCAUAUGAUGAUAGCAUGUCUUUAAACUUUGAUGCUUGGAAAAGGUAAAGUUGGGGCAUGCUUCCCUCUUCUUUUAACAGCAUCAGUUGCUGCCGUUUGUGAAGCAAAAUGUUCCCUCAUUCUUGGUUUAUAUGAAAACGCAACAUCCACAGUUUUAAACAACGAAGUUUACUUCAAAGGCUCGUUUUAAUGUCAAUUUAGGCGAGUUAUGUGAAAGGUCCUGUGAAAGGCCUUUCUCCCACCCGCACACCCGGAAGCUUUAAGCAACAUUUUAUGGAGUAAAAUGAAAGAAUGAGCUGUAGAAAUGUAGUCAUCCAGGAAUAUUUUAUUAUACCACAAUAUUAAUGUGGUAAUAUUCUGUAAUCCAUAGUAUGACUCUGAAAAGUGUAUAUGACAACUAUGAACAUAUAUUAAGUCUUAAGUUUCUGUUUUCUCUCUUUAUCCCACAUUCUGUAAAAGCUCUUUCUCAAGUCUGAAUAAACCAAUAAACACUUCAUAUGAA